AUGUCUGCUACUUUUGAAAACACUCUUUUUGCUCAACAACAAGUUGAAGACUUUCAAGGUUUGUCAAUGAUUCAAGAUAAUGAUUACCUUUAUUUGUCUGAUUCUGUUGAUGAUCUGCCGCCUUCGUCAGAAGAAAGUCAAUCUUCCUUUGGAGCUUCCCCUCUUUUAGAGGAAAACUCAUGCACUGCUGUUGCUCACGAUAUCUUGUCAAGCCUUAGGCGCACCACUGCCUCUAAAACAUGCGAAACAUGGGUUUGGCCAAAAUCCACUGCUUCUGCUUUCGAAAUCUCAUAUUGCUCCUGUUGUGGUCCUUUAUUUGUUGUGGACCCAAAAUGCAACAGUAUUUUAAGCUCUAAUAAAGCUAUUGAAAAUGACUCAAAUCUUGAUUUGCAUUUAAAUAAUUCAUAUAAUUCAAUAGAAUACAACCAUAAUUCUCCAACAUCAUCUUAUUACACUUCAUCCAUUUCUUCUUUACAAUAUUCAUCUUCUGAUAAUGGUUAUAACAGUUGCACAGAAAGUACCUUUUCGUUAUCUCCUUUACCAAUAAAUCAAUUCGAGUGGAUAGACAAUUUAAUAUAUGAGGCUCGAAAUGAAAUUGAAAAUGAAAAGACAAUAAUGGUAAAAAAAUACAUUAAACGUAAAAAUCAUUCUACAAAAGUUUCUUCUUUGAUGACAGAUGUCACUGAACUUAAAAAUUCAAAGAAGCACUCAUUGUCGGGUAUGAAUUAUACAGAAAAAGCAAGACGGAAAAAAGAACAAAAUCGUAUUGCAGCUCAACGUUAUCGAAUAAAACAAAAGGCUACCGAAAAGGCAGAGUCUGAGGAGAUGAAAUACCUGAAGGACAGAAAUGCAUUUUUGCGUGCUGAAUCAGCUAGACUAGAAAAAGAGAUUGAAGAAGUGAAAAACAUGAUGUUGGUAUUUAUGCGUUGA